AGUUAGAUAAGUCACAUGUCUUACCACAGUCAGAACUAAAAACCAACAUGGAGUCGUUUGGAUAUGCAGGGUUUUUUGUAGCGUUGGCGGUGGUACUAUUAGCUGUUUUAUUCAUCCUAAGCAAUCACCAAGACGCUGACUUAACAUUGCAUGUACACGAGCAUAUAAUAGGACAUAAUCCCACUUCUGCUAUGCAAGGCAAAGUUGCUUGGAUCACUGGAGCUUCAAGCGGGAUCGGGGAGUUUCUUGCGUAUCAACUUGCUGGAAACGGCUGUAAAUUAGUGCUGUCUGCUAGAAGGAAACAAGAGUUGGACAGAGUUAAGAGGAAGUGUCUUGAAAUUGCAAAGAAGGCUAACCCAGAAUUUAAUGAGAGUGAUAUCAUGGUGCUACCAAUGGACCUGGUAAAUUUCUCGACCCAUGUUGGUCUUGCAGACCAAGUGAUCAGCCACUUUGAAAAGAUUGAUAUUCUUGUAAAUAAUGGUGGGGUUUCUCAGCGAGGAUUUGUCAGGAACACCCCAUUAGAUGUAGACAAGUAUCUAUUGGAUAUUAAUCUAUUUGGUACCAUAUCGCUCACCAAAGCUGUACUUCCGCACAUGGAAAAGAAGAAGCAAGGCCAAAUUGUGGUGCUUAGCAGUGUCAUGGGGAAAUGGGGUUUCCCAUAUGAAGCCACAUACAGCGCCAGCAAGUUUGCCCUUCAUGGGUACUUUGACGCUCUACGGUUGGAAGUUGAAGAGAGUAACAUCAAUAUUUUGAUGGUUUGCCCUGGUCCUGUGAAGUCUGAAGUGGCUAAAAAUGCAGUUACAGAAAAGCUGAAUCAGUUCUUUGGACAGACAGAGAACUACACUGAUAACCAGGCUUCUCGCAUGCCCACAGAGAGGUGUGCUUAUCUUACAGUCGUUGCUAUGGCAAACAAUCUCCAAGAAGUUUGGAUAUCCACCCAUCCAGUACUUGCGAUUACAUACAUGAGCCAGUACACACCAUGGUUCUUCCACCAGUUUGCAAGGAGAAAUUUAAUGAAAAUGAUGCGCAAGAGUUACCUAGAGAAACACUAAAUUGCAGAAUGACUUACCAGCUCUGGAGCUUUAUUUGAAGUGAAAGCUUGGUAUAAACAAAGAUUCGAAUCACCAAGCAGAGACAGACCCAGGGUUUCAUGAAGGUGGGGUAUGGGUGGAGAGGGGAAGGGGUGCACAGACCCCCCUAAGGAGGGGCCACCAACGUAUAAAACAUGACGGGAGCCUGACAGGAGGUAUAUUUCUGACAUCUUGCUUCCAUACAUUUUUUCUAAAAUUUUGGUCUUGAGGUGGCGGAACCCCUGAAGCAGCUGUGUAGCCAGGAUUUUUAACAGGGGGGCCAAAAGGGCCUUUCAAGGUGACCUUGUUCAUGUAGAGUUCAUGAGGUGGAGGGCUGCUAAGUUCACAUUAAAAGUCUGAAUUUGAAGAAAAAAGAAUAGUUUGUGUGAAGAAGCCUCGACGAAGAGUUUACCUGUGCUUUAUUAUUUGUUUGUUGGGGUAAAUGUAUUUGGAAUAGAGAAUAAAGAUAAAUUGUGUGCGUC